AAGAGCGACAAAUUUGAUCUCUUGUGCAGAGCCCAUACAACGGCAAGUCCCAUGGAGGCCAUAGUUAUGUACCCAUCACCAGCAAUUGGUCACCUAAUCUCCAUGGUUGAGUUAGCUAAGCUCAUCCUCAACCAUCGGCCGUCUCUUUCCAUUCACAUCAUCAUAUUUGAGCCACCGUACGACGCCGGCUCCACCGCUACUUAUAUUAACAAAGUUUCUGCUACAAUUCCUUCCAUAAUCUUCCACCGUCUCCCCACCAUCACCCUCCCGCAAUCACUCAUCUCCUCUGCUAAAAUCCCUGAAACACUCACCUUUGAAGUCUUACUCCUUAAUAACCCUAAUCUUGAACAAGCCCUUCUUAAGUUUUGUGGUUAUUGGACUUUUAAUAGGAGGUUCCUUUUGGAUGCCUCAAUUCUGUUGCCAAAGUCAGCUGGAAUUAUAGUCAACACUUUCGAGUCUCUUGAACCAAGAGCUGUUAAAACAAUGACAGCCGGGCUAGGUGCUCCGGAUGGCCCCCUUCCUCCGUGUCCACCCCUCUACUGCAUCGGGCCACUGAUUGUAUCAAAUAAUCGGGGAGUUUCAGAUACAAGCCAUGGUGGCAGCGGCGGCGGCAGUGGUGAUAGUUAUAGUAAGCCGGAGUGUUUGGUGUGGCUCGACAGACAGCCGACCCAAAGUGUUGUUUUUUUCUGCUUUGGAAGCUUAGGCCGUUUCUCUGUAGAACAGCUGAAGGAAAUCGCUGUGGGGUUGGAGAGAAGUGGCGAAAGGUUUUUAUGGGUGGUGAAGAAUCCACCUUACUUUGACGAGGCCGAUUUCAAUUCGAUUUUCCCAGCUGGGUUCUUGGAUCGAACCAAGGAAAGAGGAUUCAUCGUCAAGUCCUGGGCUCCGCAGGUGGAGAUUUUGAAUCAUGAAUCGGUGGGUGGAUUCGUGACUCACUGCGGGUGGAACUCGGUGCUUGAAGCAGUUUGUGCUGGUGUUCCAAUGGUGGCAUGGCCUCUCUACGCUGAGCAAAGAUGCAAUAAGAUAUUGCUGGUGGAAGAAAUCAAAAUCGCUUUACCGAUGAUGGAGUCGACUGAAAACGGGUUUGUCAGUUCAAGUGAAGUGGAGAAGCGAGUUAGAGAGUUGAUGAACUCGAAGAAAGGUAACUCAGUUAGGAAAAAGACCGAGGCCAUGAAAGAUGAAGCAAAAGCAGCACAGAAUGAUGGCGGGUCCUCGUGUGUAGCCUUAAUCAAAUUGUUUGAGUCAUGGAAGCCAAAAUAAUGAGUUCGUUAUGGCUUGCUA